CUGGCUGGAGAGUAGUGAUCAGCUCCCCUGCCUUCCACACAGCCCUACUGACCGAGAGCCAGCACAUCACUCACUUGCUCCACUCCACCUGGACUUGUCUUACUCCACCUGCUGACUGCUUCAUGCACUUUCCAUUGAUACAGUGUAUCAGUGAGUAACUUGGAAGGACUAGCUAGGACCAUGUGCUGAAGAAUUGAUAUUUCUCAUCAUCUAAGAGAUCUGUGGGCAAAUUGCAGGGAAGGGAUGAAACAAGAGUAGGAUUGGACCUAUGGUUCUCAGAAGAUCUGGUGGCCAGUGAGGUCAAUCAUGGCACAAAAGUGGAUUCUAUGAUUUAUUUAUUUUUAAGUUGUCAUUCUCCAAUUUCUAAUAUUUGAUGCAAAAAUGAGUAUUCUAAGGACCAUUACAGGCAGCUGGAUUUUGGUGGUAGUUUUGGUGGGACUGGUGGGGCUUCAGGGAUGGGUGGAGGCUGGAUGCUUGGAGUCUGGGAAAUGCUGUAAAGGAAGAGAUAUUGCAUGUACCAGCCAGGGCUGGAGGACUGAUCGAGUUUAUGGAACAUGCUUCUGUGACCAGACAUGCAGAUUAACUGGAGAUUGCUGCUAUGACUACAAUCAGGCAUGCCCAGCUCGUGACUGCGUUGUGGGUGAAUGGGGUCAGUGGAGUGGCUGUGCUAACCAGUGUACACCAACAAUGAGGGUGCGUAGACGAGAGGUGCAGCAAGAGCCUGAGAAUGGGGGAGAACCUUGCCCACCACUGGAAGAAAAAGCUGGCUGCCUUGAAUAUCUUACACAACAUGGCAAGGACUGCGGACAUUCGUAUGUGUCUGCUUUUAUAACUUCCUUUGAGUACAACAAAGCAAGAAAAAAACGUGCCUUAUCAGCUGAUUGGUCAUCGACUACAAAGGACUCUGGAUAUUGCGUUGAGUUUCAGAUAGAAUAUUUAUCUCAUGCUUGUAUGGUAGAGCACAGGCCACAUGCACGGUGGAUGCAGUAUUUACGUGAAGGAUACACGGUCUGCGUAACAUGUCAACACCCAGCUGUGAACAUCAGGAGCAACCGUUGCUACGGAGAUGGUAGCGAUGAUGACGGGAACAAACUUCUCCACUGGCAAGCGGUAGGAAACCACAGAUGUCAAGGCUCAUGGAAGAAGGUGAAAGAAGUCGAAAAGUGCUCCUGUCCAGAUGUCCACAGCUUUAUAUUCACUUGAUGUUGGAGAUGCACCACUGUAAACCUUUGCAUUACAUAACACCUCGUGAUGAAUUAUAUGCAAAUCAUCCUUACAUUCGUGGACAUCAAAACUUAACUAGCACCACAUUAAGCAGAAUUUCUAGAUUAUGAUGCACUUUCUUUUCCAUUAUGACAGCAAGGAAAUUAACAAUUACAGACCAUAUGCAUGUGGAUUCUGGAUUUGCGUGUGUAUAAUCAAGUAACAGACACCAUAUAAUCCCUGGCACCAGCCCAUCUCUAUGACACAGGCCCCUGGCUUUUUUUUUUUUUAAAGGGACACUAUAGUCACCCAGACCACUUCAGCUUAAUUAAGUGGUCUGGGUGUCAGGUCCCUCUAGGGUUAACCCUGCCUGAUAUAAACAUAGCAGUUUCUGA